AUGGUGUCAGAUUUAUGUUCUAAGCAUUAUCCGAAAGAAUACCAACAACAAACAUCAUUUGACAGCAACGGGUAUGUUCAAUACAGAAGACAACCAAAUUGGUUUCAUGUAAUUAAGAACAAUGUGAAAAUAGACAAUAGAUAUGUCGUGCCAUACAACCGCGAAUUAUGUUUACAUUAUAUGGCUCAUAUCAACGUUGAAUAUUAUGGUUGGAAUAUGCUUAUCAAAUAUCUCUUCAAGUAUAUAUCAAAGGGUGUUGAUCGUGUGCAUUAUACAAUAACAAAUUCUAACUCCGCUACUAACAAAAACAAUCAGCGUCAUCUGAAUGAAAUUCAAAACUUCCUUGAUGGUAGAUUUAUAUGCUCACAUGAGGCCGCAUGGAAAAUUUUUAAUUUUGUUAUCCAUGAUAGAAACCCAGCUGUGCAGGUGCUCGCUGUUCAUCUAGAAAACAAGCAAAAUAUCAGUUUUAGAGAUAAUGCUCAACUACAAAACAUAAUUCAAAAUACGUACAACAGUCGCACUACUCUUACAGAAUGGUUAUACAAUAAUAACAACGACAGUAGAGGUCGAGAUCUUACCUACGUUGAUUAUCUUACUAAAUACAGAUGGCAUGCAGCAAAAAAAAUGUUGGAUAAGAUGAUCAUCAAAGAAAACUCCUGCAAUAGGAAGGCUUAUAUACAUAUAUCCCCGUUCCGGAGAAACCUUUUUUCUACAUAUACUCUUAGCUCAUUAAAAGGGUUGCAGAUCUUAUGA